AUGUUUCAUCCCGGUGACCGUGUGUUUGCGAAAAUGAAGGGUUUUCCCUUCUGGCCCGCAAGGGUCGACCCCCUACCUCCCCAUGUUGAACUACCUAAGGGUAAAGUACCAGUUUUCUUUUACGGCACUCAUCAAGUGUCAUUUUUAAGUCCUAAGAAUCUGGUGAGCUUUGAAGACCAUAAAGACGCGUAUGGAAAGCGUAAAGUCCUUAUCAAAGCUAUGAUAGAGAUUGAGUCGGACCCAGAAGUUUUGCUUCUCGGGAAGGAUCCUGCUGCUGAAGCUUUUUGGGAGUCUCUUUACCCUCGUGAAUGUGGCGAAAUGGAGCGGGAGAUCGACAACACUCGUGGCAGGUUGUCUCGAUCCAACAGCCCAGUCACAAAGAAGGCUUCUAAGCGGAAAGCAUCAAGACCGCCCCGUGCUCAUUUAACGAAACGCCGCAAGUCUAGUGACCAGGACGAUGAUUUGAAUAGCAUGUCACCUAUAAGUGAUUCAGUGGAUGCGGUUUUGCUUCGAACAAUGGAGCCAAUGAGUGAGCAAGAAGAAACUUGUCUGGAGAAAGAGGAGGAAUACCUUAGAGCUAGUGAAGUCGAUAAGUGGACUUCUAGGAAACGACAUCACUCCGAAGUCGAGAGUAAUGAUCUGGUAGAGAGUCUCAAACGCGUAAAGGAGGCUGAACUAGAUUUUCAUUUCGAUGCAGAGAAGUCAGUCUCCCAAGCGGUGAAGGAUAGAACAAUGGUCGCAGAUUUCAGAACAAUCGAUUCCACUCCUUCCAAAGAAGUCGUAGAAGAGUCGCAUGCUGAGAUUUUGCCAAAUGAUGGCAGCAAAAUUUUGGUGGAGAACAUUAUUAAUGAUAGGGUCGAAGAAUCCUAUAAUGGCCAUGUAUCUUUGAAGGCUGGUGUGGAAACCACUGAUGAAUUGGUUUCAUCAAGUUCGUCAGAAGUCAGUUCAGUCAAGAAGGAUGUGCCCAGUGAAGCUGGAGAAAUCGUGCGAAACCCCGUGACUCCCGAGCAUCGACAAUCACAGAGGAUUAUUAGAGGAGGAAAGCUGAAUAGAUUUGUUGUGGAUUUGGAUGCAGAACCAGAGGAGGAAGAAAGUAGGUGUUCAAGAAGUGAUGAUGAGGGUUCGGAUGAUGAUGACCUUAAUGACGAUGAUCCUAACGAUUAUGAUUACUGUUAUGGGUACAUUCGAAAACAAAAGAAGACUGAUAAACGAAGCGCUCACAAUAUUGAAAAGGCAAAAGGGCGAGAAAUCCGUAACCUUUGCCGAGGCAAAAAUAACGAAUUUGUGGAUAAGUCGGAGGCAGUGGGCGAGUUUAGAAUGCGUACUAGUAGUAGUAGUGAAAGGGAAUUUUUAAGCAAGGGCUCGAGGGGUGGUGAAUGUGAGGAAUUCCACGAUCCUAAGUUGAACGAUAGUGACAUACUCCAGAACCAUAUUGCAGGAAGCGAUGAAAAGCACGCUAUUGCAAAUCAUGGAUCCAUGGAUGACGAUGCAAUAGACCUGUUGAAUCAUUCCAUUGAACGGCGUAGCCAAAUAAGUGUCGAAGCAGAAAUUUUCAGUAAAAAGUGGAAAAGUGCGGAUGAAAACGAGGGUGUACAGCGAUCGAAAAGCCUUGAUUUGUGGAGAAAAAGCGAUGCUGAAGGUGGUUGCAUCAGCGAAGUUCCUGUGGGGCGCGAUGAAGCUCGGAUGAAGGCUAGUAAUGAUGAGGAAGCCGGAGAACGUGUUCGAGAAAGUUCGGAUGAUCUCUUCAUCGAGGAGCACUGCACCGUCUGGCAAGUGUUUUCGUGCUACCUUGUUGCAAUAAAUGUCGAGACGCUACAAAUUUUACACGAUCUGACCGUUCAAUUGAAAUCGAACCUUGUGCGAGGUCAUGAGAAAUUUGGCGCUGCAGUUGGAGUCUUAGAGCGCAUCUGUGCCACUAAGGUUUCGCUCCUUCAGCUUACUAAGGUGUGGGAACUCACCGAUUGUGUCAAGAAGUGCCGAAAGUACCGUCUGUCUGCAGAAGUACGGGAUGCGGCUAGUAGGGCGCUCUCCUACUUCCAAAAAAUACAGGCUGCGGCUUCCAAGGAAGAAGUGCUGAAAGCCAAAGGAAUUGUUGCGGAAAGAUUGCGUCGCGAGAAGUCUGAGAAGCCUCCUCUCCCCCCUCGUCCUCUCACAACAGCAGCUCCUUCUGCAAGCAAUACAGAGUCGCCUCCAGCCAACUUGUCUCCAGAACAGGCUCAAGAGAAGAAGAAAUUUUCUUUAGAGGCAUUACGCGCAGAACUGGAUGCAAAAGCGGAUCUCUUAUUAGCACGUUUGGCUGCCACAGAGGCACGAUUAAUGGCCGAACGGAAUAAGACUACCUCCCCUCCGGUGGCUCCGUCUUCCUCUUCUACGACAGCGUCAUCAGUGUCAGCAUCUCGUAGACGAACGGAAGAAACCGCAAAGGAUGUCUUGUCACGUGUGGACGAAGUGGCAAGCCGUCUAGGCGUUGAUUCGGGUGCUGUGCCACCACCACCUCCUCCUCCACCGCCUCCGCCCCGAUUUGUGCGUUCACAACAGGUGGAUUUGGAUACAAGGAUAAGUCAGUUAAUGAUGGGAGUCAUCACCCCGCCUUCUCGACCUCCACCGCAUCCACAAAUCCAGUCACCUCCCUCUCCACCACUGCUGACCGCCCCGGCAAAACUGCUAGCCUUACGCGAGCAGAUUCAACGCAAGCGUCGAUCAGCGGCGACAGCAGCGGCUAAUACAACAGAACCGCGUAGAGAGAAAGUAGAAAAAACCGCGGAUGACGACAUCUACGAUCUCCUUGGCGUUUAG